GCUCCAGCGUCUGUGUUUCGGCUGAAGAAAGUAUCGAACCACACAGAAAAACUGGUGAAGCAACUGAGAUCCACGUGACACACGAUUAUAAAGAUGGCGUUCAUUAAAGAGGAGAGUGAAGACUUCAGGAUUGAAGAAGUAUUCAGUCUGAAACAAGAAGAUACUGAGGAACAAACAGACCUGAUUGAGAAGAGUCAAGAGCUGAAGGAUAUGGAAGAGAAAGAGCAGAAUGAGAAAGAUCAUGAUUUAAAAAUAGGAGAAAAGAAGGUAGAAUUUAAGAGUUUUACCUGCCAUCACUGUGGAAAGAGUUUCAAUCGACAACGAAACCUUAAGGUCCACAUGAGAGUUCACACUGGAGAGAAGCCUUACACCUGUCAACAGUGUGGAAAGAGUUUCGCUCAAAAAGGAAGCCUUGCAGUCCACAUGAGAAUUCACACCGGAGAAAAGCCUUAUAUUUGCUCUCAGUGUGGACAGAGUUUUACACAUAAAAGCAAUCUUAAUUCCCACAUGAGAAUUCACAGUGGAGAGAGCUUGUUCACCUGCCAACAGUGUGGAAAGAAUUUCAUUCAAAAACAUAACUUGGCAGUCCACAUAAGGAUUCAUACUGGAGAGAGACAUUUUAUCUGUAAACAGUGUGGAAAGAGUUUCACUCAAAAAGGAAACCUUGAAGUCCACAUGAGAAGUCACACUGGAGAAAAGCCUUAUAUUUGCUCUCAGUGUGGACAGAGUUUUAUACAAAAAAGCAACCUUAAAUCCCACAUGAGAAUUCACAGUAGAGAAAGCUUAUACACCUGCCAACAGUGUGGGAAGAAUUUCAAUCAAAAACAAAACCUUAAAGUCCACAUGAGGAUUCACACUGGAGAGAGACAUUUUAUCUGUAAACAGUGUGGAAAGUCUUUCACUCAAAAAGGAAACCUUGAAGUGCACAUGAGAAGUCACACUGGAGAAAAGCCUUAUACUUGCUCUCGGUGUGAAAAGAGUUUUACACAUAAAAGCAACCUUAAUUCCCACAUGAGAACUCACAGUGAAGAGAGCUUGUUCAGCUGCCAACAGUGUGGAAAGAAUUUCAUUCAAAAACAAAACCUGGAAGUCCACAUGAGGAUUCACUCUGGAGAGAGACAUUUUAUCUGUAAACAGUGUGGAAAGAGUUUCACUCAAAAAGGAAACCUUGAAGUCCACAUGUGGAUUCACACUCGAGAGACAUUUGAUCUGUAAACAGUGGAAAGAGUUUCACUAAAAAAGGAAACCUUAAAAUCACAUGAGAAUUCAC